UAAAGAGUAGCUAAAGUGGAAUAAUAAUAAUAAUUUAACUCUAUUUUAUUGAUAAGUUUUCGUAGGGAAAUAUUUCGAAAUUUUCAUAUUUCCAAAAUAGAAAUGCGCUAUUUUGUAUAUUUUAUUAUGUUUCUUUUUUUUAUUUAUGAUUAUUGCUUUUUUAAAUGGAAACGUAAUAUUAAAAAAAAGUAUGGGAAAACGUUUAAACUUUUUUGUAUAAAAGAAUGAUUUUUCUACUGAUGAGAUCAAUUUGGUUUUCAUAUUCCAUCGAAUCAUUUGGACACUAAAUAUCUACUGAACAUAAUUCAAAAUCUAUUGAACAUCAAAGCUGAACAUUGUUGUUGUUGCAUCUCUUUCGCAUUAUAUAAAAAAAAAAAAAUUUUAAAAAUGAAUCAUUUACAAACAUUAUGUGGAUGUGGAAUGAGUUUUCCAAAUACACAACUACUUAUGCAACACUGUUCAAUCAAUAAAAAUCACAGACCUUCGAUACUACAUUAUACAUCUAGUGUCCCCAUCGAUAAACGAACAUUAAGCAAUAAUACUUUUAAAAAUAAUAGACUGACUAAGAGGCAAAGAAUGAAUAUGUGUACAAUAACACCAUCUACAAGUGGUGCUGGUGUUGGUUUGGUUAAUGACGGUUUAAUACAAAAUAAUGGUUUUGUAAAAGUGAACUCGGCUUUCGAAGAUAGAGUUCAAAUAUUUUUUAUUAAAAACAAUUCCGAUAUUGAUAAUAUUACAGAGUAUAUAGAUUAUAUUCAGGAUGAUAUAAAACAAUUAUUGAAGGACGUUACAUCAUCUUGUAUAAUUAAAUUUAAUGUUGUGUUGGAAACAACUUAUUACCAUAGUGUUCACGAUGAAGUCAAAGACGUUGCGUUUAAAACAAGUAACAAGAGAAUAGAUAACAAUACAGACUUUUCUAAAAUAAUUGAAUCGAUGGUUUUAAAACUUGAAGACGAAAAAGAUAAAAUGGAAAUCAAAAACUCUGGUUGGUCAUUAAUGUUUGUCGAUGGUCUUCAAAUACGUGUACAUAAAUACAAUCCUUUAACUGGUGGCAACUAUAUUAAAUUACCGUCUUCCAUCGACAAUAGAAAAGCUGUAAUAAAUGUUCAGAAUUACAACGAUAACAUGUGUUUUAAAUGGGCUGUAUUAAGUAAAUACAUAACUGGUAAAAAAAACCAUCAACGUUUAGAUUGUCAUUACACUCUUGUUGAGCGUGAAAAAAAUUUUAAUUUUUAUAAUAUUGAUUUUCCAACACCAAUUAAUCAAAUUUCUCGCUUCGAACGUAACAACCCGACAUUGUCAAUAAAUGUUUUUGCUUUAGAUUCAAAAAACACGGUGUUUCCCCUCCGGCUGACAAAAUCACGAGAUAAAAAUAUUGAACAUAUUGAUUUAUUAUUUUUGAAGGAUAGUGAUGAUAACAGUCAUUAUUGUUACAUCAAAAACUUUUCACGUCUCGUGACAAAACAACGUAGUAAAAGAAAACAACGUGAAUACUACUGUAAAAGAUGUUUGGCCGUGUACACUGAAACUCCAUGA